UCUGCGGUGGGAAGGCAGUGCCUGCUCUGGAAGCCAAGGCCACAGUGGCCCAGUUGGAUCGUUUGAACAUUUAGCAAGAGGAGCAGGUGCUGGGGGAAGAGCAGCCAGCUCCGGCCGGAGGGCGCUGCCCUGCACUGCCAGCUCUCCCCACUGUCUCUCCUCCCAACCCCUCCACCCCCAGGAAGAGGGCCGCCGGGAGUCGGGGGAGGCUGCCGGCAGGGCCAGCUGUUUGCUAUCUGGAUUUUCAAGAGAAGGGAGAUGGCGGAGAAUAAUCCCAGUGCCCUCCCAGUUCAAGGGAAAGUGGCAUUCUGGAAACGGGUUCUGGAGGGAGGCAAGGAGGGGGCUGAGCCCAGGCUCCUAAUUUCCCUGGGUUUCAUCACUUGUAUUGUUUUUUUGGCAGGUGAGGAGGCAGGAAGUGGGAGAAGGAGGAUUCCUCUCUGGACAGACAAGACGGGGGGAAGGCAGGAAUAACCCAUCCCCCAGCCUCCCCAGCACGAAAACCUCCAGAAGCAGGCGCAGCCAAGCAGGACCGAGCACCCCUGAGCAUCUUCCCACUGGGGGGCAUGUGGGGCCUGACAGCCCAGCAGAGCAUGUCAGCAGCCCCAGCCCCGCGGUGAGCAUCCGAACCCCUCCACAGGGUAGUGGACCCGGCCUCCCCCCGCCCCCGGAGACACAGCCUGAGUGGCAGGAACACCGAUUCUUUGGAGAGCGGUUCCCUCUCCGCUGUCACGCAAGACCGCUCUCUGCACCAGCCCAUUCUGCCGAGUGACUUAAAGGGAUUAAAAAAAAAAACAACUCGAUAAAGAAAAGGGGUAAAAGCCACGCAGAAGCCUCAGAGGAGGCGGGCCGACAGACAAAGAGUGAAAGUUGAGAGCGAGCAGCGAGUGGCCACAGAGGCCCCCUCCCUGGAUGGGCACCAGACCAUAGGGCAUGCCCGGGGAGCAGGGGCCCAGCACACCCCCAGUCUACGUGAGGAAAUCCCAGGGCCACGGGGGGCGCCCCUACAGGUCCCUUGAGCACAGCCCUCACUUUGUGAAGAGAGGCCAGCAGUGCCUGUGGCUCAGGGCACCAGGGAUGCUGCUCCGGACCCACAGACGCAUCUGAACUCGAGGAGCCCAGCAGAGAGAAGCACAGGCCCACCUCCCUGUGCCCCAGGGGUGCCCCCAUCGCCUCCAACACCCCAGGUUUGCACCCUGAGUGCCACGGCUGUGGACGGAAAUGUGAGUGUGGCCCAGGCCCCGUGUCCGGAGGCGCAGCAUCCAGAGUGGAGACCCCAGCCGGACCCAGCAGGCUCCAGGGCUGCAGCGAAGGAGGUGCCGCGGCUCCGAGUCAGGUGGGGCCGGGCCCCCCAGCCUUCCACCAUGGUGGUGGCCCACCCCACCACACCUGCCACUGCCUCGCCCUCUGCCACUGUCACAGCCACGGUGGUGAUGACCACGGCCACCAUGGACCUGCGGGACUGGCUGUUCCUCUGCUACGGGCUCAUCGCCUUCCUGACGGAGGUCAUCGACAGCACCACCUGCCCCUCCGUGUGCCGCUGCGACAACGGCUUCAUCUACUGCAACGACCGGGGGCUCACCUCCAUCCCCGACGACAUCCCCGAUGACGCCACCACCCUCUACCUGCAGAACAACCAGAUCAACAACGCCGGCAUCCCCCAAGCCCUCAAGACCAAGGUGAGCGUGCAGGUCAUCUACCUGUAUGAGAACGACCUGGAUGAGUUCCCUGUGAACCUGCCCCGCUCCCUGCGGGAGCUGCACCUGCAGGACAACAAUGUACGCACCAUCGCCAGGGACUCGCUGGCCCGCAUCCCGCUGCUGGAGAAGCUGCACCUGGACGACAACUCCGUGUCCACCGUCAGCAUCGAGGAGGACGCCUUUGCUGACAGCAAGCAGCUCAAGCUGCUCUUCCUGAGCCGCAACCACCUGAGCAGCAUCCCCUCGGGGCUGCCCCGCACGUUGGAGGAGCUGCGGCUGGACGACAACCGCAUCUCCACCAUCCCGCUGCACGCCUUCAAGGGCCUCAACAGCCUGCGGCGCCUGGUGCUGGAUGGCAACCUGCUGGCCAACCAGCGCAUCGCGGAUGACACCUUCAGCCGCCUGCAGAACCUCACCGAGCUCUCGCUGGUGCGCAACUCGCUGGCCGCCCCGCCCCUCAACCUGCCCAGCACCCACCUGCAGAAGCUCUAUCUGCAGGACAACGCCAUCAGCCACGUGCCCUACAACACACUGGCCAAGAUGCGCGAGCUGGAGCGGCUGGACCUAUCCAACAACAACCUCACCACACUGCCCCGUGGCCUGUUCGAUGACCUGGAGAACCUGGCCCAGCUGCUGCUCAGGAACAAUCCCUGGUUCUGUGGCUGUAACCUCAUGUGGCUGCGGGACUGGGUGAAGGCACGGGCGGCCGUGGUCAAUGUGCGGGGCCUCAUGUGCCAGGGCCCCGAGAAGGUCCGGGGCAUGGCUAUCAAGGACAUCACCAGCGAGAUGGACGAGUGCUUCGAAGCAGGGUCGCCAGGCAGCGUGGCCAACGCCGCCCCCAAGACCACGGCUGGCAACCAUGCAUCGGCCACCACACCCCAGGGCUCCCUCUUCACCCUCAAGGCCAAGAGGCCGGGGCUGCGCCUCCCCGACUCCAGCCUUGACUACCCCAUGGCCACGGGUGAGGGCGCCAAGACCCUGGUCAUCCACGUGAAGGCCCUGACGGCUGACUCCAUCCGCAUCACGUGGAAGGCCAUGCUCCCCGCCUCCUCCUUCCGGCUCAGCUGGCUGCGCCUGGGUCACAGCCCGGCCGUGGGCUCCAUCACAGAGACCCUGGUGCAGGGGGACAAGACAGAGUACCUGCUGACCGCCCUGGAGCCCAAGUCCACCUACAUCAUCUGCAUGGUCACCAUGGAGACCGGCAACACCUACGUGGCCGACGAGACACCCGUGUGUGCCAAGGCGGAGACGGCCGACAGCUACGGCCCCACCACCACGCUCAACCAGGAGCAGAACGCUGACCCCAUGGCGGGCCUGCCCCUGGCGGGCAUCAUCGGCGGCGCGGUCGCCCUUGUGUUCCUCUUCCUGGUCCUGGGAGCCAUCUGCUGGCACGUGCACCGGGCCGGCGAGCUACUGACCCGGGAGAGGGCUUACAACCGAGGCAGCCGGAAAAAAGACGACUACAUGGAGUCGGGGACCAAGAAGGAUAACUCCAUCCUGGAAAUCCGCGGCCCCGGGCUGCAGAUGCUGCCCAUCAACCCCUACCGCGCCAAAGAGGAGUACGUGGUCCACACCAUCUUCCCCUCCAACGGCAGCAGCCUCUGCAAGGGCACGCACACCAUUGGCUACGGCACCACGCGGGGCUACCGGGACGCCGGCAUCCCCGACAUCGACUAUUCCUACACCUGACGCCGCGGCCGCGCCCGCCGGCUCCCGCCCCUCCGCGAGGCGACCAGGGGGCCCUGCCCCGCCUGCCGCCACCCAACAGCAAAGGAAAGAAAUGCCACCAUGACUCUCCCGGCAGAAAGCGAGUUUGGGGAGGGUGGAUGAUUUGGUAGAACACAAUGAAAAACCUUUUUUUUUUAGUCAUAGGAAGGCAGGAGGGAGAUCUGAUGUUGCUGAAGGCAUAAUUUAUACCGAAUCACGCCAGUUGGGGAGGGAAGGACUAAAAAUAAUGUGGCAGGAAAGGUUGGGCUGGGUUUUUUUUCCCUGAACUGGCAAGAUACUACCUGUGCACGUCUGCGCUUCGCGCUCUGUUCAGGGCACAAAAGAACCGUCAGAGAGAAGCAGCCGCCGAGCACGGCCCCCACGCGGCGCCCGGGCUGCUCUGCUCGCUGCGCCCGUGGGACGGAAGGUUUCAGGCGCCUCACAAAGGAAAGCAGGAAGAAAAGAGCUUUGCUGUGGAGAUAUUGUCCUGAAAUCUCUUCCCCGGUUCUUUCCAUACCGUCUCCCUUCCAGAUCGGCAGAAAUAGCACCUUUCACUGCAUUCUUUGAACAAUUCUGUAGUCGAUUAAAAAACCAACCUUUUUCUUACACUGGAGCCCUCUUCAGUUCCAUGCACCACACGCGUGGGCCCACGGAAGCUGUGGCUUCCCCAGCCACUUGGAGGUGCGUCUUCCGACCUGUCUCUGCGUUGUGUCUCUAACGCAGGUGGGAGACAGCACCACCCGCGCGGGCCUGACAGGACUGCUUGGGUCAGUUCCUACAAUUUCCUGGGACAGUAGUCAAGAAAACGUUGCUUUCUCCUAGAAAUCAUUGAGUGAGUAGACAAAGCGUGUCGGGGAAGGGAGGCGGGCGGGGGUAAUGCUGCUUCUAAAGGAGGAGGCGUGUCUGUCCUGGCUGGGUCGCUCAGGAGACCCUAGCUUUCAGUUCGAUCCUAUCUCAGGUUGGCCAGAGCUGGGGGCGACUUUCUGAUAGCAGAAAGAAGCUUUCUUCCAUGGCCAGUGUCCUCAUCUCUCUCCCCCACCCCACACAGAUGCGAACACCCCAACAGCCACUUUCUGAGCAUUUCCUCUGUGCUAUGUGCUUCCUCACAGGACAGGUAAUUGGCACAGGGACAGGUUGUUGCUUCUUCCCCCCCACCCCCCAUCAACCGAUUAGACCUAAUGGUUUCCAUGGCUGCUCAAACAAAGCCCAGAAAAGCCAUGAAAAUUCUCAGAAAAGCCCUGGGAGACAGCACCUCCCCCACCCCACCCCAUGCAGGAAACUCAGCCUCGCAGCCGCCCUUGGAAGUCUGCUGGGCAUGAGGAAGACCAGAUCGCUCUAAAAACACCAGCCUCCUCUCGGAGGACGCUGGCUGGGCCUUGAGGAGCGGGGUCUUGAUUUCCUCCCUCUGGAGUCAGCGUGGCCAAUGGCCAUCUAUCAACUGACAGUGCAGCUCCGCGAGCCGUGAGAUUAAAACGAUGAUGGAAUAAUGACAGCAGCUCUGGAAAGAAGAGAGAGCAGGGCCUGGGGUUCUCAUCUCUCCUGCGCCCCACCCCCGGGGGCCGGGUCACCAUCUGUCAACAUGCCACUUGUCCUGCACUGGGGAGAAGCCAUGUCAAAGGAGAAACGCGGUCCAAGGGCAGGGAGGAUGAGAAGGGGUCCGGCUCCCGGCCGUGGUGUUUUCAAAAGGCCUCAACUGCUUUGACAAAAGCCCAAGGCAGGGAGAGGAAGCUGAACGCGGUCACAGGAUCACCAGUGACAGCCCCGGCCGGCUGCUCGCCUGACAUGAAAAGAUGCUACUGACCCCAUCCGUGCCGAGGCGGCUGAAAGAGACAGCGGCUGCGUGAGAGAGGUGGAGGGUGGGGCGCCCAGGCCCCAGGGCCAGGCUCACUGGAUGGGGCGCCCAGCCCCCUCCCAGGGAGAGGCCGAGGGCACGGAUGUUUCAUUCUAACCUAAGCCUUUUUCCCUUUUCCCACCUGAAUCAUUUUCUCAUACAAUGAGAUCAGGGGAGACAUUUUCCCAAGCCUUACUUUCUCGUCGGUGUAAAGGUCGCCCUCCCGUUGGCCUGCAACACCCUCCCCACACAGGCCCAUCCCUGGCAGCUGGGGAGGAGCAGAGGCUCCCCCGCAGUGUCUGGGAGGAGAGGGUGCAUGAGGGUGUGGGGGCAUUAGCCAGGGGCAGAAGUGCAAGGUCUCUGCUGUUUCUGAAAGGAGGAGCCCUCCCUCAGGUACCCGCCCCCGCCCUGCCCCGCUGCCAACAUGCUCCACCCCCACCACACUCCAGGUCCUGCUUUCUCCUUCCCGAGCCAGGCAGGACCACCCCCUUUGAGGAGGGAAGGCAUAUGAACAGCGAGGGCUGCGGGAACGCCCUGGAGAAGGAGUCAGGCUGUGCCAACUAUGCCCACCAAACCCAGGCCUUGGUGGUGACACAUUUUUCACCAUAGCACAAAACAGGUUCACGCUGGCCUCCUGGGCCAGGUUCUCAUCUAAUGGGCUCAGGUCUGGGCUCACAAGCCCCCGCACCAGUAAGGGCCGAGUUAGUAGAGAUGGCCCCGCCGGCCCACACUCAUCUUUUCUGCCCUCAGCAUCCUGACAUCUUGACAUUCUCCUAGUGUCCGUCCUGAGAGUGGGCCCCAAAUGCCUGCAGCCUCAUGGAGGGAGGGCCUGAAGGCAGAUCCACUCGGACAGCCUGUCCCCCUCUUGGUCUAGCUCCUUGAGCUGGCCAUGGCUCAACAGAGAGGGCGUUUCAGGGCGCCCGGCCUCCCCUACCCCUGAGGACGCAGGACCCUGUAGACCAGCCCAGGGCUGGCCACCACUUCUGUCCAGAGCAUCUCUCUGUGGCGGCCGACCUGACCCUCGCAACCUCAAACUAACCGGAACCACCUCCUUGGCCUCAGCAUUAAUGAGUGUAUCUUGUGGCAUUUAAGGCAGGUUUAAAGUUUUAAAAAAAAGCCCCCGACACUUCCUUGGUUAAGUGGUUUACCCUUCGUGGUAAUUAGAUGUAGUGAUUGGAAUCUCUUUUCUAUUACAUGGCAAUUUUCCUUUAAAUUUCCCCUAAAAAAAAAAAGGCAAGAGGAGGCAGGGAAGGAGGAGGGGCAGCAGGGCCAGGAGAGUCAUUUGCAUUUUGCGAAUGAGGCCUCUUGUAAGCUCAGCUCAGGCGUGGGGCCCAACGUAUGGAAUGCUUAAGAGAUUACUAAGAAUAAAAUCUAUUAAUUAGUCAUACUCAAUUCCGCAGACAUGAUGUGCAUCGAAAGCUUCUUUUCUUCCCUUUCUCCUUCCCUCUUCCCAGCCUCACUUGGAAGCCUCCAUCUUCCCUCUUCCCGGCCUCUGUGUUAACAUGGCAGCCACGUGGCUGGCCAGGGCCCCCCACCAGGGCCCGCAGGCCGGCUUUGAGGGCAGGAGCUGGGGCACUGACUCCUCAUUCAGGGUGACGCUGGCCAGGGAGGAGACAGCAGCUGGGAAGAUGCCAUGGCUGGGGAACCCAGCCCCAACAAGGGGAAACUGAGGCCAGAGCAUGAAGGGAGCAUCAGAGAGGGUUUCCGGAGUGGUAAAGGGAAAGAUGUUUCCCUUUUGUAAAGUGGGGGUGGGCCAAGGCGGGGGCCAGCUUCACCCAGGAAAUCUGGGUGUUCCAAAAGUCAAAUGGAAGGCCCUCUCCUAAUUCUAGGAGGUGCCAGUUGGUCCAGGCAGGUGAAGGAGGCCCAGAGGAGGAGGGACAGGCCAGGUGAGGAUCCCUGUGGGGUCUCAGAGGGUUGGCUGGGGCCUGAGGGAGGGGUCGGGUGCCAUGUUCAGGACGGCAUCUGCGCCUCCCUCCUGCACCCGCUGGAGCUGAGCAUGGAGGGGAGGACACCACCCUUCCCCCACCAAUGGCAGCUCAGUCCCAAAGCCAACCCACUCCAGAAAUCUGCUCCCUGCUGAAUGCGCCAGGGAGGAGGAUGGGGCUUCUGAGCUUUGUGCUUAUGAAAAAUACAACAAGGAAAAUUGAAUGCGGCAAGCAGGGAGCAAUAGAGCUGGGAAGGCAACUGGGAGAGAGCUGGGUGCCUGCUGGAAGGAGGGGCCUUGGGCCCAGUGCACUGGGCCCCCAAGGCCAGACCUCGUCCUCAUGCCCGGGCGCAGCCAGGGUCCUCUGCGGGCGUCCCGGGUACCCCACGGCUGCUCUCCAAACUCAAAUCAGUGCACAGGAACUGGAUGGCGCCUGGGUGAGCGCUAACAAGCAGCUCACACCCUGCCAGGCCUCCAGAGCAGGCAAUCUUUUUUCUUAAGGAGGGAUAAAAAGGCUCAAAAAUGCAAAUCAUUACCGUUUACAACCAAGCGAGUCUGCUAAAUUGAUUAGGAGAGAUUAAACUCCUUGGAGGUGAUGGGAAAGGGGAUUUUUCGCAUUUUAUAAACCUGCCCCCAGUGGCUGCGUGCAGAUGGCUUUUCCGGACCCGAGGGGCUGCCUCUGAGCAGCUCCGGUGGGGACACUGGGGGUCUUGGAAGGCUGAGGCUUAUGCUGGGUUUGAAGGUGCUGGGCCUGAGCGUGGCUUUGGGGAGACUGAUUCUCCUCAUGUAGUGGCCUGUGCUCCGUUGCGGGGGGCACUUCGGCCCACAAAGUCAUUCAGAAACCAUCUGAGCCCUCUGCAGACUCUGCCCCUUGACCUCUGCCUUCAGGGGUGAAAAGCAAGGGGAAGUGGCUCAUCCAGUUGUUUAGAGGGGAGCCUGGAGCCCUGAGCUUUUCUGGGUCCUUUCUCUUCCAGGGGCUGGGGCUGGA